AAUGUUUCUGUGGUCAUUAUAUUGCUGGCCAUAAGUAUAAAUUUGAAGUGACACCAAAUUUUGAACAAGAAUAUGAAAUGAAUUGCCUACUUUGUGGAGUUGGAGAGAACACUGUUGAAGCUUUCCAACCAAAGCAAUCAGAAAUAGCAGAAUGGAGAAGUACAAAUGUGGAUGCACUGGUAUACGCCAUUGUCUACUUUGCACUGGAAUUAGAGAUAAUGAUUUUAUUCAAAAUUCAGUAAAAGAUAUUUGCUGGCUCUGUCCUGAAUGUGAAGUAGUAUUUGAAGGAAAUGUUAAUGAAAUAUUGUUAAAAGAUAAUAUAAAUUGGUGUUCUUUGCACUUGCAGCAUAAUAUAUCUAACUUACAUAUAGAUAAAGUUAUUAUUAUAAAUAACUUUGUUUCAGAAACUGAAGAAAGUUAUUUGCUUACGGAAAUAAAUAAGGAUCCUUGGAAAAUGUCACAGUCUGGUAGAAGAAAACAGGAUUUUGGUCCAAAGGUAAAUUUCAAACGGAAAAAGUUAAAGACAGCCGUGUUUACUGGUUUUCCUGGUUACUCAAAGUUUGUUGUUGAAAAAAUGAGACAAGUUGAGUCUUUAAAAGAUUUUUUUCCGGUAGAAUUAUGUAAUUUAGAAUACAGUCCUGAGCGUGGUUCAUCUAUAGAUCCUCACAUUGAUGAUACUUGGUUGUGGGGAGAACAAUUAGUAACAUUAAAUUUAAAUUCAGCAACAAUUUUAACUUUGACAUCAACACUUUUUCAACAAGAAAUUCAAAUCCCCAUGAUGCCACGAUCAUUAGUUAUCAUUGAAAAGAAUGCAAGAUAUAAUUGGAUGCAUGGCAUUAAAUCUUCAGAUAUUACAGAUUUAAGAGUUGCAAUGACAUUUCGUAAUUUGAGCCAACCAUUUGUUAAAGAUAACAUUGGCCAGCAGAUAUUACACAUAGCAAAGUCAUUUCAAGGAACAGUUGUAGCAUGAAAUCAUAAAAAAUAUUUAAAAAUUAAUUAUUUAAAUAAUUUAUAAUUUACAUUUUUGCAA